AAUUCACAAGAACAAAUAUUGAACUCGACGAGAAACAAGACGAUAUGCGACAAAUUUGAAAACGAUAUGUCUGAGAUGAAGACUGAAUUGGAAGCCCUUGAACAGGCUGCUAAUACUUUUAAACAGUCGAAGAACACUUAUGAAAAGAAGUUGACUGAAUUGAAUGAGCAACUUGGUCUUGAAAAAAAAACUGUUCAACAAGCUAAAGCACAGAAGAAGAAAUACGCAGACAAACUCAGAGAAGUGAUGGAGAACGAAAACAAAUUUGGUGAAUAUAAGGAACAAGCUGAGAAGUCGAUUAACUUGUUGACUGCUCAAAAGGCUGAUUUACAGAAGGAACUCGAGAAAGAGAGAGCAAUGAAACAAGAAGCCGACAAGGAAACUCAAAGACUUAGAGCUAAAGUCACCGAGGUUGAAGCUAAAUUGGCGGACGCUGGUGCUAUUGGAACUUCCAUUGCUAAAUUGAAAGCGAAACAUGAAACAGAAUUGGAAGAAGCACAAGACGCAGCUGCUAAAGCUAAGAAACAAGCUAAACAGUAUGCCAAAAAGGUUGAAAAGGCCGAGAGAAAGCUUGCAAAAUUUGAACGGAAAGAAUCUAUUUUCAACACUCAUAUUGGUAAGACACAAGCCGAUUUGAAGAUGACACGACAUUCAGUCAGAGAUAGUUAA